CUUCUCCUCCUUUCAGCCAAACUGAUAAAACAGAAAUACCCAUAAUUUUCCCUCUCCAAACAAUUUGCAUAGCCAUGGCAACCCAAGCAGGUCUCUUCACCUCUACCAUCACCGCCCCAAAAUCCAACAAGCUUCCAUGGAAGCCCACCUCUUCCUUCUCCACUCCAAAGCUUGUGGCUCUGUCCAAAAGAUCUCUCAAAAUUGCAGCAGCAGCUGAAGAGAAAACUGAAGCAGCUCCAACGAAAGAGGCUGCUCCAGUUGGCUUCACUCCACCUGAACUAGACCCAAACACACCCUCUCCAAUCUUCAGCGGCAGCACUGGAGGCUUACUGCGGAAGGCACAGGUCGAAGAGUUCUAUGUCAUUACAUGGGAUUCACCAAAAGAGCAGAUCUUUGAGAUGCCAACUGGAGGAGCAGCUAUCAUGAGGCAAGGACCUAAUCUGCUGAAAUUGGCCAGAAAGGAACAGUGUUUGGCUCUUGGUACUAGAUUGAGAUCUAAGUACAAGAUCAAAUACCAGUUUUAUAGGGUUUUUCCUAAUGGAGAGGUCCAAUAUCUUCACCCAAAGGAUGGUGUUUAUCCUGAGAAAGUGAAUCCUGGCAGGCAAGGAGUAGGCCUGAACUUUAGAUCAAUUGGGAAGAAUGUUAGUCCCAUUGAGGUUAAAUUUACUGGCAAGCAAGUUUAUGAUAUAUGAAAAAUGUUGAGAGAUAAAGUUAUGUUGGAUUUGUAAUCUCUUUGAUGUGUUCAUAGAAAUGCUUGAAAUCCGAAAUUUUCAUAUGAUGGACAUUUAUUCCUUUUAUCUAACAGGGGAAUCUGAGAUUUUAUUUA